AGAGUUACAGCAGAGUUGUGUAGAAGUUCAGUUCAGUCUGAGAGUGAGAAGAGAAGAUGAAGCUGCUGCUGCUGCUGGUGUGUGGGAUCCUGGGAGCCUCGGCUCAAGUUCUUCAUGAGGAUCUCUGGAUCAGCGGCUGUUCAGAUUCUGAUGGAGAGGAAAUGUACUCUCUGGAUGGAGAAGAGCUCUGGUACGCAGACUUCAAGAAGAAGACUGGAGUCGAACCUCAGCCUCCUUUUGUGGAUCAUACCAGUUAUGUAGAAGGAACAUAUGAGGGAGCUGUGGCUAAUCAACAGAUCUGCAAACAGAACCUAAGAACCUGUGAAAUCGGCAUGAAGGAUCUUCCUUUGGAAUUAGACCCCCCCUCCAACGUGGUGGUCUACAGCAGAGACGAGGUGGAGCUGGGGGAGCAGAACACUCUGAUCUGCCACGUGUCCGGGUUCUACCCGGCUCCGGUCAACGUGUCCUGGACCAGGAACGGUGAGGAGGUUUCAGGAACCAUCAACGUCCCGUAUCCCAGCAGUGACGGGACCUUCACCCAGACCUCCAGCCUGCAGUUCGUCCCUCAGCUGGGAGACCUGUACAGCUGCUCCGUGGAGCAUCCGGCUCUGACCGAGGUCCAGACCAAGAUCUGGGAUGUGGAGAAGACCCAAGCCGGUGUUGGACCCGCCGUCUUCUGUGGACUGGGUCUGACGGUGGGCCUGCUGGGCGUGGCUGCAGGAACCUUCUUCCUCAUCAAAGGGAACGAGUGCAGCUGAUUGGAGGAUGCUGAUGAUGUCAUCGCCUGUAGAUAGAUCGGAUCA